GGGAGACGACAAGAGUUCGGGAUCCCCGCGAGCUCCGCUCUACGGCACAGCUCCCCGCACCGCUAUUCCCGGACUUCUGCCCAGCUCUUAAGCGGCCCCGAAGGCGGGGGCGGGCCGGGGCGCGGUGUGGUCCCGGGGCGGAGCGCGGGCGGUGCUCGGAGCCCCGAGAGCUGCGCGGGGAUCGGCGGCGGUGCCCAUGGCCAGCCCGGAGGCGGCCGCGUCCCGGCUGGAGUCGGGCUGGCAGGAGGUCUACUCGGCUCUCCAGUGGAUCCAUUUCACCAUGGCCAUGCUCAGUGUUAUAGGUUCCAGCUCCAUCAUCACUUACGCCAUCUUUCAAAACGUGGUGCGAUCCCCCGAGGUUCGCCCUUUAUUCUACCUGAGUCUCUCUGACCUAUUUCUGGGCAUGUGCUGGAUUGCCGGAGCACUGCUUUAUAGCACACCAACCUCCAAGCACGAUCUCAUCUGCUACAACCUGCAGGCAAUGGGACAAUUCAGUUCCAGUGGCCUAAUAAUGUCCUGGCAAGCUCCACUCAUGUUGCUGAGCACAAUGGCGAGCCACAGAAAUGUUAUAAUGAGGGACUUCCAUGUCUCCCAGCGCCUGCUCUGUCUCCUCCUACAGGACUGUCCCCAGCCCAAGGUAUUCUACGUGGCCUCUUUUCUAUACACUGCCAACUACACCUGGCAUCUGUACAUGGACCUGAAGAUGAAAUACAAUCAGAACCUUAACAGGAUGCCCUCCACAGCUGUAGAUUAUGCAAGUUGCAUUGGCCGAGUAGCAACGAUUUUGUCCAGCCUGAUCCCUUUUCUCCUAAUGGUGCCUGUGUUUUGCCUGGGCAACAGCAGUAACUGCUACCAGAACUUCAGUCAAAAGCAUGGGUGUCUCUUGAUGCACACAGAAAUGGCUGAGCCCACCAACGAGCCGCUAACAUUGAGCAGCUCUGUUUGCCGAGCAAUGCACUUCUAUGGCAUUGGGGUCUUCCUUGUUUCCUUUCUUAUCAGCUUCAUAGCCAUUCUGGUUGUACUCAUUCAAGCCCGAGGUUUGUACAAAAGGUUUGUAAACUCCACGGGAUUCCUGGGAGAUCAGCAGUGGGCAAUGAUUAAGAUGGUGGAACAACGAGUGGUUUUUUACCCCAUCGCAUUCUUCUGCUGCUGGGCCCCAGCUGUCCUCCUUGGAAUACUGAAGCUGACAGCUUCAACAAGCAGCAAAAUCUACAUGGCUCUUCUCAUUCUACAGGCACUGACAGCAGCUUCCCAGGGACUUCUGAACUGCAUUGUGUAUGGCUGGACACAGCACGUCUUCCUCUCCCUCAAACGCAACAUCUGCCGCGACGUUGACACUCAGACUCCUCUCCUGCGCUCUCAGAAGAAAUUCUAUGCCAGCACACUCACUGCCAGCCCUCCGGACACUGAGGUGUCCACAUCUACCCUGCUCUGAUGAGUUUCUGCAGCAAAAAUGAGAGAAGGCAGCAUCCCAAUGGGCCUUGUCGUAUUUUAGCAAAGUCAGCCAGCACAGCUGUUGGGCUGUCUUGGUGUGAACUGUUUUGUCUUCAGCACAGUUAACUGUAGUGCUAUGAGAGCCCAAGCAGAUCUGUCAGAAAAGCACUUUUAGUGAAGGUAGUUAUUUAUUUUACAGAUUUCUAUGGACUUGAACGGGAUUCUUUAAACCUGGUAAAUUUUUAGCACAGGCUUUCUCCUUAUGGAAAUAUCUCUAGAAAUACAGCAAAUUAUAUGUAACAACUCCAAGACUAGUACAGCUCUAGAGGGCAUGUGGUCAAAAGAUGUUUUACUUUUCUAAGUGUUUGUCAGGUAUUUGCCAUUACAAGUUAACAUUAAAGCAAAGAUGAAUAUUUUUAAA